AUGGCCAGCGGUAUCCCAACCCGCCGCACCACCCGUCGCAUUGACGAGAACGCUCCUCCUCCCGCGGGCACCAUUGCCACUCGUGCACGCUCUGCCGCAGCCAACACUGGCAACAAUGCAGCCAACACCGCCAUUCCCCAGAUGAAGCGGACCGCGUCGGCACUGGGUGCGACCACCCGCUCGACCACUGCCGACAAUAAGCCCAUUCCAACUGGUACCUCGACAUCGCAGGUCAACAAGCCAGGCACGCGCCGUCGCGCUGCGCUCGGCGAGAUUGGCACUGCACCAAACGCGGCCAAGGGAGACAAGGGCAAGGCGGCCGAGCGGCGUCCUCUGGCCACCCGCGAGACAUCCCAGCCUGCUGUGCGUCGCACUACGCGCUCCACUACCCUUGAGGCCCGCGAGGAGAAGCCAACCGUCGCCGUCAAGCGCAAGGUCGGGAGCGUCACCUCGUCUACCACCAACCUUCGUCCCCGUCCAGGGUACUCUCGCCACGGCUCCGCUGUCUCCGCUGCGUCCACUUCGACUUCCACCUCGACCGCGCGCCCUGGUCGCCAGUUGAAGGAAACUGUCUCUAUCACCGAGGACGGCCCUGCUCCCAAACGUCCCCGUCCUUCCACUCCCGAGGACGUCUUCACGGACAACUACGACGCAGACAACAAGGUGGUGGCAGUGGCCGAGCCUAGCUCAAAGGCUCCUGUCCCUAAGGACUAUGGAUGGACCGACCUCGACGCCGAGGAUGAGGGGGACCCGACUAUGGUGUCCGAGUACGUGGUCGACGCUUUCGCGUACAUGAUGGAGCUGGAGAAGUCGACGAUGCCUGAUUCCAAGUACAUGGAGAACCAGGAAGAGCUGCAGUGGAAGAUGCGCCAGAUACUCAACGACUGGAUCGUCGAGGUACACACCAAGUUCCGACUCCUCCCAGAGACGCUCCUCAUCGCUAUCAACCUCAUCGACCGUUUCCUCACUGCUCGCACCGUCUCUCUGGAGAAGUUCCAGCUCGUCGGGUUAACGGCCCUCUUCGUCGCGGCCAAGUACGAGGAGGUCAUCUGCCCCUCCGUCACCCACUUCCUCCACAUGGCUGACGGCGGUUACGACGUCGACGAGAUUCUGCGGGCUGAGCGCUACCUCCUCCAGACCCUCGACUUCGACCUGGCGUACCCCAACCCCCUCCACUUCCUGCGCCGCGUCUCCAAGGCUGACGGCUACGACGUGCACAGCCGCACAGUCGCCAAGUUCUUUAUCGAGAUUAGCUGCAUCGACCACCGUCUUCUCCCCUACCCACCCUCCAUGCUUGCUGCUGCUGCCAUGUGGCUCGCGCGGCUCUGUUUCGACCGUGGGCCAUGGCAUGCCAACAUGGUUCAUUACUCGACGUACGCUCAGCACGAGCUGCUCGAGUGUGCGCAGGUCAUGCUUGACUAUGCCGUCGACCCGGAGCUCGACACGUCGACUGCCUUCUUCAAGAAGUAUGCCAGCAGGAAACACCUCAAGGCUUCUGUCUUUGUGCGCGAGUGGGCCCAGCACCGCUGGCCCGACUCUGCCAAGGGGCGGUCGUCGAACCAAGGCCGCGAGCUUGAGGCCGAGUUCGGCGGUGAGCAGCAGGCGCCCCUCCCUCCCAACAGCCCUUCGGCGUAA